AACCCGCUCCAUACUAUUUUUCUGUCUUAGCGCUCACCCUGGCAUGGACCUCUGAGCGGUGUCAAGACUGAGCUCGCCUCUUCACCUAACACGAUGUUUUAUGGAUUAUCUUCCAUUGUAGUAGCGAGAGAUAUAUGUGGAUGGAACGCGGAGCGAGGUGGAGUACUGGACGGGUUACAGCAGUAGCCUAAAAACCGGGCGGCUGGGGGUUCCAUACAACCAUGCUUUACUUCCAGCUGGUGAUCAUGGCUGGGACUGUCAUGUUGGCAUACUACUUUGAGUACACCGACACUUUCAACGUGCACGUCCAAGGGUUUUUCUGCUAUGACAAUGCCUACACCAAGCCCUACCAUGGACCCGAGACGUCCAGCGCUGUUCCUCCUGUAAUACUUUACGCAGUGGUCUGCGGAUUGCCGUUGCUUUUGAUCACAGCCAUAGAGUCGGUGCUGUUUCUGCUUCAGUAUGUGUCAGAGGACCUGGACAACAGGGAGAAGAUCAUCGUCAUGGGAGACUGCUGUUACCUCAAUCCUCUGGUGCGCAGGACCUUCCGCUUCCUGGGUGUGUAUGUGUUCGGACUGUUCUCCACAGACAUCUUUGUCAACACAGGCCAGGUUGUAACAGGAAACCUGUCCCCCCACUUCCUGACGGUGUGUAAGCCCAACUACACGGCCCUGGGCUGCAUGCAGACCGCCCGCUUCAUCAACCAAAAGGGGGUGUGCACAGGAAACGAGGACGACAUCAUGCGCGCCCGCAAAUCCUUCCCCUCCAAAGAGGCGGCACUCAGUGUCUACGCCGCGCUCUACACAGCAAUGUACAUCACGUUAACAGUGAAGGCCAAGGGGACCAAGCUGGCCAAGCCUGUCCUAUCUCUGGGUCUCAUAUGUCUGGCGUUUCUCACGGGCAUCAACAGGGUGGUGGAGUACCGCAACCACUGGUGUGACGUCAUCGCCGGAUUCAUCAUCGGAGGGGCCAUAGCAGUCUUCAUGGUUCUAGGGGUGGUGCAGAACUUCAAAGGGAAGACCCUGCUGAACGAGAUACCACCGGAGGAGAGAGUGGUCGGCAGUGUUCCUAUGAUGGGCCAGCCCCGCAUCAUGGACAACACCAUGGAGAAGUACAUAGCCUCACAGAAUUCUAAUACUUUCGCCGAGGUCACAUGACAAUGAAUGUGUCACCUGACACACAGUUGGAUGUGGUUGCUGCUUACUGCCAUGGUCGCCAGAGGGCAACACAGAUCCUGAAGAUGAUAUCUAUGUAUAACAGGGUUGUGGUCAGAUGCAUUUAGUGAAUUCUGGAAGUAAACUGAAAUUGCAAUUCAAUAAUUGAAAAAAGACAUCUGUUUUCAAGACUUCUCAAUAAGCAAAAAAUUAUUUUAUUUUAAAUUCAAAUCACUUCAAGAAUUGACUUCAAUUCAAAUUGACCCCAACCUUGAUCUAUACAGUAUGACCCGAUUUCCAAAUCAAACAUCCUUUAUCUUUACUUUUUUUUUGCUCUCCAAUCAACAUGUUCCCUCCUUCUGUUCUUCGCCUGACGAAUGGUGUUCAUUGAUCAUUGAUUUCCCAAAAAGUAUUCCUUAUUUGUAUAUACUAUAAGUUACUGUAUCAAACACGUCUCAUAUAUGUGUGUAUAUAUAUAUAUAUAUGUAUUGUACAGCAUUUUAAUUUUAUUUCCUUCAAUGUCAACGAUCAUGAAUCCUAGCCAACAGCGUAAACGUGUAUAAUGUGUUUUCUAUCAUGGCUGUUUAUUACUUUUUAUGUGCUUGCUUGUGAAAGUGCAAUCCAAGCUGUAUCUUGUCAGAGCCAAUAUGUAUGGGCUUACUUCUGUCUAGAUUUUACCAACCAGACCUGAGAGAAUGAAGAGCCAAAGAUCAUUGCCAUUUUAUAUAGGCUUUGGUAGUUUUCAGAGAAAUCCAUGAAUGAAUUGUGUCCCUCUUACGAUUAGCUCGAAAUACAUGGGCAUUUAGGUGUGCAACUAGGCGACUGUGUGUGCAUAUGUGCAUGGAGCCGUAAAAGUGUGUCCGUGUGUGUGUGCUUGAUAAACCUUUGAACAUCAUUUUCUCUUGUGGAUUGAAGGAUGUUGCUUAGGGCUUGCCAGACAAUCAACAACCAUACUAUGACCACGGUCAGGCAACAGAGCCAGUACGGAAAUAAUAUGGAAAUAAAGAGAUGUUUUUUCAUUUCUCGGGUUUCAUUCCUCCUAUUUCAUUGUGUUGCAAAAGCAUGGAUCUAUACUGUUUGUUGAUAUGUCAGAUACCUGUUAAGCACAAUAUGGAGUUUUGUUUUAAACUCACAGGCCAGCAAUGAUAUUCAUAGUUGAUGCACGACCAGACUUCAGUUUCCCAAAUGCAUUAUGGGUAAAGUUGUUUUUAUACCACCACAAUUUGAUGAAAACCCCUGUUAUAUGUUCAUCUCCAAGAUGACAUUUUUACACUGUUGUACUGUACGUGGCUGUACUGUUUACAGUGUACUGUCUGAAUGGUAUGUCGUACUGUAUGACCCCUAACAGUCUCAGACCGUCAUCUGAAAAUAGAGAGUUCUACUAUUCAUGUGCAGUUAGAAAAGGUUUCUAUACAUGUACAAUAUGAUGGCAUGGUUUUUAUACUUUUAACAUCUCAUUAUUUACUUUGUCUUAGUUUUUAUAGAAAAUGUAGGGGGCAUUUGAAUGAUUCUGGAGAUGUUGUUCACUGUCAACCAUUUAGUUACUUAAAAAAUACGUAAAUAUAUGAAUUAUAAUAUAUAAUAUAAAAUGUAUAAUAUUAAAGUUGGAUUUGUGUAUUGUUUUGAUCUUAUAUAUAGUUUCUGAGUGUUAGUUUUUUUCGCUUGUACAGAUUUCGUUACUUUUAUAACUCUUUUGUUUUGAUAUUGUCCCAUUAUACCAGAUAUUUGUUUAUUGAUCUCAUCACUAUGAGUAACAUUAACCCAGUAGCAGCUGCAGGACCUCUUACACUGUAGAAAAUGAAAAAAUAACUAAACUGUGAGAAAGUUGCGGUGUAAAUGUAUUUGAAUAAAAUCAAAAUAAAUAGG